CACAAAGUCAAAUUCAAUCGUUGAAACGGAGAGCGGCUGAUUCAUGCGGCGGCUGUGGAGUCUCUCAUCACGCUUUGUAGUAAAGUCGUGUCCUUUAAGCUUCUAAUGUUUUGAACGUUUAGCGUUCGCGAGGCUUUGUCUCAUAAAAAGGGGCUUAAUUGGACUUGAGAACUUGUUGGCUCGUCUCCACGGCAUUUUUACGCGCAGCGCGGGCGUAGCGUUUUUUGCGCACCUGAGUCCGCUGCGCCGCCUGCGCGGCCGCUCCUUCGGGCGCUCGGGCCACUGAACUAUGACGGCGACGUCUCACCGCGGUGGGACCCCCGCUGGGCCGAACCGGGACCAGGGCGCAGUUUCCCACUGAGGGCUCCAGGCGUCCUCAGGAGGAGCCGAUGUCGCCGCGUGGAGGAGCGCACCAGGUUGAUGCCAGCUGGGAUCAGACGCAGCCCGGGAGUUUGGCAUGCAAAUUAAACACUAGGGAGACGGCACUCGGAGACUUUUGCGUGGGUUCCACUCGAGCUGCAUAGAGCCAUGGCCUCUCAGGUUGUGUGCGGGCUGGUCUUCAGGCUGCUGCUGCCCGUGUGUCUUGCAGCCGCUUGUCUCUUCAGGUACAAUGCCUUGUCCUUCGUCUACCUCCUCUACCUCCUGCUUAUUCCACUCUUCGCAGAGCCCACAAGCACAACCAUGCAGGGCCACACAGGACGCCUGCUGCAGUCCCUCUGCUUCACCAGUAUGUCCUUCCUGCUGCUCCACAUCAUCUAUCAGAUUACAGUCAACAGCCUCCUGGCCGGGAACUCUAUCGCCUCCGACUUCAACUGUUCCAUGUGGGAGAAAUCCAUAAGACAAAUUGGCUUUGAAAGUGUGAUCGGUGCAGAUGCGGGGAACGGCAUCCGCGUGUUCAUCCCUGACAUCGGCAUGUUCAUGGUCAGCUUGGCUAUUUGGCUGCUCUGUCGCAGUCUGGUCCAGAAGAGGCCUCCUGAGGACAUGGCGCAGUACAACGCCGACUUCGAAGCAGAGGAGCAAGAGGAAGAGGAAAAGCUGAGCCUGGAUGACAACAUCCUGCUAGAAGAGGACUCUGAAGCCGGCUACGAGGCAGAGGAGGAUGAGGAUGAUGAGGAAAUGGAAGAGGAGGAAGAGGAGGAGGAGGAGGAGGAGGAGGAAGCAAAGGAGAGCAUCAAGAUGAAGAUCCUACGCAUCGUGGCAGGAGUUGCAUCCAAAGUGAAGGAGGUCAUUGGGAAUCUGAUCACCACUGCGGGGAAGGUGGUGGUCACCAUCCUGCUGGGCAUGACAGGCAUCAUGUUUCCAUCGCUGACCUCGGCCGUCUACUUCUUCAUCUUCCUGUUUGUGUGCACCUGGUGGUCCCUCUGUCGCACCUUCAACACGCUCAUCUUUAGCUGCAUGUGCGUCCUGAUGGCCAUCUUCAGCGCCGGCCACAUCAUCAUCCUCUACCUCUACCAGUUCCAGUUCUUCCAGGAGUCCAUUCCGCCAGGCGACAGCUACAUCAGUGUAUUUGGCAUCUCCCCCAUUGUUGAGAGCAACUGCUCCUGCACAUGGAAGCUCACGGUGCAUCCGAACCGUAAGUGGUACCACUUUGUGAAUCCCAUUAUGCUGUUGAUUCUCUACUACACCCUGGCCACGCUCAUCCGCCUCUGGCUGCAGGAGCCGAUCGACCAGCUGAUGGACAACAAGGAUGAAGAUAUGUGUGAGGAGGAGGAUCUGGAUGAGGACAGAACAAAUAACUCUGCCAACAGGAAGAGGCAGCUGUGGUGGGAGUCACGCCAAGGCACGGAUGAGAAAAAUCUCCUCUCCACUCAGGAUGGCAUCAGUACGACUGAGGCUGUAUCAAACGGGACGUCCUUUGACUUUGUCACAACCGAGAAUGGACCGGUCCGUCUGGACCUGUACUCCACCCCCACAUAUAAAAUGGACCAGCCCAGCGUUGAAACAGAGAAAAAGGAUGAGAGCGUGUACGAGGUUUGUUUGCCCCCGGAGGAUUCAGAGCUGGAGGGUGGGGAGGAGAAGUCGGAGGGAGGAGAGAAGGAGAUGAAGAAAAGAGGAGUCGGUGCGAUGGUCAAAGUCUUCCACUUCAUCAUGAAACAGAGCUACAUCUGUGCACUCAUAGCCAUGAUGGCUUGGAGCAUCACGUACGUCAGCUGGCUGACGUUCGUCUUCCUCAUGUGGUCGUGCAUGCUGUGGAUGGUGAGGGACCGGAGGCGCUACGCCAUGCUGUCCUCUCCCUUCAUGGUGGCUUACGGCAACCUGCUCAUAGUGCUGCAGUACAUCUGGACCUUUGAGAACAUGUCUCCCAUCUCUGGCUUCUUCGUCAAGAAGAACAAUCCUUUCCACUCGCUCUCAUCCAAGGUCCUGUGUCUGCUGAGCUUCUGGUUGCUACUGAGGCAAACGCUCACAGAGAGACGGGACAAACAAAAGGAAGACGGCGCUGGUCUGGUGGAUGUUCAUGUGGAUGAUCAGAAGAAGGAGGAGGAAGCGGACUCUGAGGAGGGAGGAGAGCAGGACAUCAUGCACGUGCUGGGCAGCAUGGUCAUGGCUCUGCUGGUCAAAUACUGGAUCUACGUCUGUGGGGGCAUGUUCUUCUUUGUCAGCUUUGAGGGAACCAUGGUCAUGUACAAGAUCAUUUACAUGAUGAUGUUCCUCUCCUGUGUGGCCCUUUACCAGGUCCACUACGAGUGGUGGCGGAGGAUCCUGAAGUACUUCUGGAUGUCGGUGGUGAUGUACACCAUGCUGGUCCUCACUCUGGUCUACACCUACCAAUUCGAUGGCUCGAAUAACUUCUGGAACGAAACGCUGGGCAUGAAGAAUGAGGGCUUGAAGGACCUUGGUCUGGAGCGGUUCACUCUGUCCGAGCUGUUCACCAAGAUCUUCAUCCCCACCUCCUUCCUGCUGGCCUGUAUCCUCCACCUGCACUACUUCCACGACCGCUUUCUGCAGCUCACCGACCUCCAGGCCAUAGUGGCCAAAGAGGAGAGCACUAUCUACAGGUUGGUUAACCCGGAUGGCAGCCUGGCGGACCUCACCAUGCUCAGCGCCAGCUCAGUGGAUGCAGCGCUGCCCAGAGAGGAGCAGAGGCCGGAGCAGGAGGAGCCGCCCAGGGAGUGGGAGAAGGAGCAGGAGCAGCAGCAGGAGCAGGCCCUGGUGCUGGUGAUGGAUGACACCGAUAAGCCUGCUGACAAGAGCCUCUCCGACCAGCGACAGUCCAGCACAGAGGAGAGCCACCACUGCAGUGCGGAAACCGAACCAGAGCCGAGCACCGAGCAGAGCUCAGAUCUGAAGAACAAAUGGCACCUUGUGGUCGACCGUCUGACUGUCCUUUUCCUCAAGUUCCUGGAGUAUUUCCACAAACUCCAGCUGUUCAUCUGGUGGCUACUGGAGAUUCACAUUAUCAAGAUCGUGGCCUCCUACAUUGUUCUGGUCUCUCUCAAAGAGGUGUCUUUGUUCAACUACGUGUUCCUGGCGUCCUGGGCCUUUGCUCUGCCCUACAGCCACUAUCGACCCCUGGCCUCCAGCGUUUGCACUGUGUGGACAUGCGUGGUCAUUGUAUGCAAGAUGUUAUACCAGCUGAAAUCUAUAUAUCUACCAUACUACUCCAAGAACUGCUCUGUGCCAGUGAACGAAUCAAUGCUACCGGCUGAUAUGAUAAAGGCGUCCCUGCUGUAUAAGGAGCCCAUUGAUCCCGUCAACUGGGUGGGAUUGAAGAAGUCUGAUGACCUGCUGGGCUACCUCAGCAACAAUCUCUUGAUGCUGGCCAUCCUAGCAUUUGAGUCAACCAUCUACCGCCAUCAGCAAUAUUUCAGACUGCGGAACAAGCUGUCACCUCCCGCUGCUUGUAUUAUCUUCCACGAUAUAACGAGACAGCACUUGGACAUCGGCAUCAUCCACUUCGUCAAAUAUUUCAUCAAUUACUUUUUCUACAAGUUUGGACUUGAGACAUGUCUGCUGUUGGUGGUCAAUGUCAUCGGGCAGCGCAUGGACUUCUAUGCAAUGCUCCAUGCCUUUGCAUUGAUAGCUGUCAUGUAUCGACGGAGGAGGAAAGCCAUAGCUGAGAUCUGGCCCAAGUACUGCUGCUUCCUGGCCUGCAUGUUGACGUUUCAGUACUUGGUCUGCAUCGGGUUCCCACCGGCAGCCUGUAAAGACUAUCCUUGGAGUACUACAGACACCAAUGUGGUCAAGUGGCUCUACAUUCCAGAUUACCGUGCCAGUCCCAACCCUCUGUUCCUCAUAUACGACUUCAUGCUGCUGCUCUGCGCCUCCCUUCAGAGGCAGGUGUUUGAGGAUGAGAACAAGGCGGCAGUUCGCCUCAUGGCCGGAGACAACGUGGAGAUCUGCAGAGACCUGGACGCGGCCUCCUUCAGCGUCCAUAACCCCGUCCCCGACUUCAUCCACUGCAGGUCGUACCUCGACAUGCUGAAGGUCAUCAUGUUCAGCUACCUGUUCUGGUUCGUCCUCACCAUCAUCUUCAUCACAGGGACUACACGCAUCAGCGUCUUCUGCAUGGGAUACCUGGUGGCCUGCUUCUACUUCCUGCUCUUUGGCGGCGACCUGUUGCUGAAGCCGAUCAAAAAGAUCCUGCACUACUGGGACUUUCUAAUCGCCUACAACAUCUUUGUGAUCACCAUGAAGAACAUUUUAUCGAUCUUAGCUUGUGGCUACAUCACCUCUCUAGUCCAGAAUCAGUGCUGGUUAAUCCAGUUGUGCAGUCUGGCGUGCACGAUUAAAGACUACAAGAUUGACAUCAAACAGCCCAAUGCUGAACGGUACUGUGAGCUGCCCAGUAACGAGGCUGGGAUCAUCUGGGACAGUAUCUGCUUCGCCUUCCUGCUGCUGCAGAGACGGGUCUUCAUGAGCUACUACUUCCUCCAUGUGGUGGCUGAUAUCAGGGCCUCUCAGAUCCUUGCAUCAAGAGGAGCAGAGCUGUUCCAGGCCACUAUAGUGAAGGCGGUGAGGGCCAGACUGGAGGAGGAGAGCAAAUCUGUGGAGCAGCUGAAGAGACAGAUGGAGCGCAUUAAGGUGAGGCAGCAAAAGUUUAAGAGGGGCAAGGAGCGGAUGGCGAGCAUGGCACAGGAGUCCGUGGAUGGACAGACCCUCGAAGUGGGCGAGGACGACGACGAUGACGGAGCACAGCGAACCAAAGCCAAGACCAAAAAAAAGCAGUGGUGGAGGCCGUGGGUUGAUCAUGCUUCCAUGGUUAGAAGUGGAGAUUAUUACUUGUUUGAAACUGACAGUGAAGAAGAAGAGGAGGAGGAGGAAAAGAAAAAAGAAGACGAGCCACCGAAGAAAUCAGCGUUUCAGCGAGCAAUUGGGAAGUUUAUCUCUGCUGUUCUGGCUUUGCCCAAGUCUGUCAUUAAGCUGCCUAAAACUGUCCUGCAGUAUGUAGUCAAGGCAGGCAAGUUUCUCUAUCACGCCUGGAUCACAGAUCCCAAAGCUGCUCUGAAAGCACGAGGAAAAGAUAAACGCAAGUUUUGGAAAAAAUACACCAAAGGGGUCAGACACAGGAAAAGCAAGAAAGACACGAGUCAUGUGGCCGUAGAUGUGGGUGAGCUGUCUGACGACCAGGAGAAAGGAGAGGAGACCAAGAAGCCUGCUGGUCCUGAUAACAUCAUCAAGCGAGUGUUCAACAUUAUUAAGUUCACAUGGGUGCUCUUCCAGACGACUGUGGACAGCUUUACUAAGUGGAUGAACGACAUGUCCAGGGAGUACAUGGACAUCUCCACCGUGCUGCGUAUAGAGCGCUGCAUGCUGACGCGAGAGGUCAAGAAGGGUAACGUGCCGUCCAGAGAGAGCAUUCACUGCUACUACCAGAAGGCCAUGAGGCUCAACAUGUCCAGGCAAACCAGCGUGGACCAGCUCAGCGACGACGAGUCCGCCUCCGGCUCCCCGAGGGCCCGAAGGAGGCGACGGGUCUGCCAGCUGGAGAGCCAGGACUCCACGGCCUCCAGAGACAGCAUAUCCAGUGCCUACACUGAUGCCACCACCCUGUUUUCCCGGCAAUCCACGCUGGAAGAGCUUGAUGGGAUGCCAGAGUGCAUUCCCAAAACCAGUGAGCGUGCCAGGCCCAAGCUGCGUAAGAUGUACAGCAUGGACAUGUCCAAUUCAUCAGUGGACAGUGGCAGCAGCUUCAUUUCCAGUGAAGCCACCCAGUGCGUCACACUCUACUCCAGACAGGGAACCGCAGACACCAUAGAAGAAGUGGAGGAUGAGCAGGACCAAUUGGAGGAACAGCAGCAGGUUUCCUGGGUUUUCCAACAGGUGGAUGAGAGCGAUGGAGCUGAGGGUGGUGUUUGGACCGAUGAAGAACCCAGGCAAAAGGGUGAAGAAGAAGAGGACAGCAGCGAUGGGCUUCAGAGACUGGAAGGAGCACAGGAGCUGGAGAGUGAUGAGGUGGAGCAGAACGCUGAGGCAUCCAAGGAGGAGGAGCGAGAGCAAGAGGAGGCACCAUGGCCGUCUUUGGGCCCAGACGAGGGCCCCUCCUUCAGGGUGGAGGAGGCAGAGCAUAUGCACCCUGCUGAGAAGAAUGACACCGUCACCGAGAGUGAAGAUGGAGGAGCACAGCAGGACUCCGUGCAGAAGGGAGCGCGAUCCGUGCUGCUCUACACCCCCGACACGGACGCUUCCAAAACGUCUGACGCCGACGUCCCCCCCAGCUACAGCAAAGCCGUCAGCUUCGACCGGCUGGAGGUCAGCGACGACGAGAGCGGCGUGGAAGGAAGGAGCCGCAUGCUGAUGACCUCCGACAGCCGCUCGGACAGCAGGUCGGACAUCAUGCUGCCUUCUAUGACCACUGAGCUGACCGCCAGCGAGCUCCUGCUCAACAAGAUGUUUUAUGAUGAGGAGCUGGAGCAGUCUGACAAAUUCUACCAAAACCAGCCCCUGAUCCUCCAGCUGUGCUACGCCCUCUACAACAUGCUGGUGGCUCACUCAGAAAUGGUCUGCUACCUGGUGAUCAUCAUCAACCACAUGGUGUCAGCCAACUGCGCCACGCUGGUCCUCCCCAUCACCAUCUUCCUUUGGGCCAUGCUGUCAGUGCCCCGUCCUAGCAAGCGCUACUGGAUGACCGCAAUCGUCUAUACUGAGGUCACUAUUGUCAUCAAGUAUUUCUUCCAGUUUGGCUUCUUCCCCUUCAACCAGAACAAGAUAGAUAAGAACAGACCCUAUCACCCCCCCAACAUCAUCGGUGUGGAGAAGAAGGACGGAUAUGUCCACUAUGACCUGGUCCAGUUACUGGCUCUCUUCUUCCACAGAUCCAUACUGAAGUGUCAUGGCCUGUGGGACGAGGAUGAGCCCAAAGAAAGGAAAGAGCCUCCAAGUCAGAGUGAGUCCGAGGACGAGGCAAAAGACAAGGAUGUGAGCGAGAGGGAGUCUGCCUCUGAAUCUGCCUCGUCGGUGAUCAGUGAGAGGCGAGGCUCCAAUCAGACCCUGAGGUCCAUAAACUUUGGGACCUCUAUCGAUUCAGGACAGGUCCAGGUGCAGUACCCACAACCACAGACCUAUCAGCGUCGCAAGAGCUCCAGCGGAGGUUCACACAUUUCUCACCGCUCCGUCCACAACUCUGCAAGGUCCAAGCGAGGAAGUACCGCCUCCCACAACAGCAGCCGCAAGGAUGGCAGCGCGGCGAGCAUCCACCAGAAGACCCGCAAACAGAUGGUGAUGGAGAAGCUGAGGGAGCAGCUCUACAAAGGGAAAGCUUUCCUCAUAAAGCGAUUCAUGGAGAUUUACCUCCCCAUGCGCCAGUUCUUCUAUAACCUGAUCCACCCUGAGUACAGCGCAGUAACGGACGUCUAUGUGUUGAUGUUUCUCGCCGACACCGUGGACUUCAUCAUCAUUGUGUUUGGAUUCUGGGCGUUUGGUAAACACUCAGCAGCUGACAUCACGUCGUCGCUGUCUGAGGAUCAGGUGCCGGGCCCGUUCCUGGUUAUGGUCCUGAUCCAGUUUGGGACUAUGGUGGUGGACAGGGCCCUCUACCUGAGAAAGUCAGUGAUGGGCAAAGUCAUCUUCCAGGUCAUGCUGGUCUUUGGCAUCCACUUCUGGAUGUUCUUCAUCCUGCCUGGAGUCACGGAGAAGCGCUUCAAUGAGAACAUAGUGGCUCAGAUGUGGUACUUUGUCAAGUGCAUCUACUUCGGACUGUCAGCCUAUCAGAUCCGCUGCGGCUAUCCCACCCGUGUUCUGGGAAACUUCCUCACAAAGAGCUACAAUUAUGUCAACCUCUUCCUGUUUCAAGGUUUCCGUCUGGUGCCGUUCCUGACGGAGCUGCGUGCUGUGAUGGACUGGGUUUGGACCGACACCUCGCUGUCUCUUUCCAGCUGGAUCUGCGUGGAGGACAUCUACGCUCACAUCUUCAUUCUCAAAUGCUGGAGAGAGUCUGAGAAGAGGUACCCCCAGCCGCGAGGCCAGAAGAAGAAGAAGGUGGUGAAGUACGGGAUGGGGGGCAUGAUCGUGGUGCUGCUGAUCUGCAUCGUCUGGUUCCCCCUCCUCUUCAUGUCUCUGGUGAAGUCUGUUGCUGGAGUGGUCAACCCGCCGCUGGACGUCUCCUUCGAAAUCACCCUGGCUGGAUUUCAGCCGAUCUUCACUAUGAGCGCUCAGCAAAAACAACUGCAGAAUGUGACAGAUCAACAAUUUCAGAAGUUUCAACUUAAAUAUUCUAAAGAUGAUGAUGCGCUGCAGUGGCUCGAGGGCUACACAUACCAGGACUUGAUCAUUGCUGAACUGAAAGGCAGCUCCAACUCUCUGUGGACCAUCAGUCCACCCAGCAGAACCAACCUAAUGGAGAUGUUGGGCUCACAAGAUGAAUUUCCCAUAACCGUGUCCUGGUCUGUGCAAAGAAACCUCAGUUUUGGUGCUAAAGCUGAAACAGCGUCUGGAAAAAGAGUAACAUCUCUGGACAGAACAACAAGGAACAAGCUCGUAACCCUCCUAAAUGGGUCCAGAACCAACACACAAGUGACCCUGAUGGAAAUCUUCCCUCGUUAUAUUCGAGCUCCCAGUGACUCCGAUGCGAAGCCUGUUGAGCAGCUUUAUAAAGAAAAAAAGAUGCUGAAUAUAACCGUGACCUUGAUGCGGGCUGAGAAUGCCUCGGGUCAGGUCCAGGAGUGGUGGAUCGUCAACCAGACAGAGCCCGGACCCGUAGAAAAAAGAAAAAAUCAGAAGUACGACACCGGCCUGGAGCUCUACGUGUUCAGUGACCAAGUCAGCCCGCCCAGUCUGGGUUUUCUGGCCGGAUACGGGAUCAUGGGUCUGUACGCCUCCGUGGUUCUGGUCAUUGGCAAGUUCGUGCGCGAGUUCUUCAGCGGCAUUUCUCACACCAUCAUGUUCGAGGAGCUGCCCAACGUGGACCGCAUCCUCAAGCUGUGCACCGACAUCUUCCUGGUGCGAGAGACGGGGGAGCUGGACCUGGAGGAGGACAUGUACGCCAAGCUCAUCUUCCUCUACCGCUCCCCAGAGACGAUGAUCAAGUGGACCCGGGAGAAGACCCAGUGAGGGGUCUGGACGUUCUUCGGGACACUCGGCGGUUGCUCUGUUGGUGUGAGCAGCUGCUUUAGGCGUUUUUACCCAAGGAGCACAAACCACGCUGUCCUCGAAGCACUAGCUCCUUUUAUUCAUCUAUCUUUUUUAGUUUUUACUAAUUAGUGAUGAAAAACAAAGGCAGUCAUUACAUUUUAGCACAAUUUAUUGGUGCUGUGUCUGUCUUGUGAAACCUGGAGCUGGUUGAGCAGCUGGACAUGGACAGAUUUCCUAAGAUGAAUCCAGUCCCAUCUCUAAAGUGUUUCUCUUAGGAGUCCACGCAGGCGAGAGGUCAGCUUUAUUCUUUAAGGGCUUCCCAUCCACCUAAACGAGCACAACAACCACCACGAGCACAGUCUUGCAUCUACAAACACUUGGGUUUUGGGACUGUGCAAUAUUGAACUGUCUUUGCUCCAAGCGUUGGAUUGAUACGGACCUAAAGACAAGACACACGUGAACAUGAGGACACUUUGUUUGGUUGUUUUUUAAAUUAUCAGAGGCCACGGGAGAGUCUCUCCAGAAACACAGUCCAGAAAAUGUUACCAGAUAAUCUUUACUUGCCUUAUUUUGUUUGUAUGAGAAGAACAGAAACUCUCAUCCUUUACAUAUCUUUCUCAGGAAGAGCUGAUAUUCAUUUUGUGAGUUACAUGUUACAAUACGUAGGCUCUGACAGAUCUAGAAGAAUGUGAUAGAGACAAGAACUAUUUAAAUGGCAUGAAUUAUAAUGGGGACUUUGUUGAGGUGGACUGAUGAGUAUGUUUACUGUAACGGGACACAGUUUAAGGCUUUAUUGGGAGUGAAUGCAUCUCUGUGGACUUUUUCCUCACCGAGAAUGAGAGUUAUUGCCAAUCCACAUCCUGAGUCAUCUACGGGUUGGCUAGAAUCAGGACCAGCGGGGGUCUGUGUCUGAAUCAGGGUAACGUGCAUUAGCUGGGUGACUCUUGCACAUCACUUGUGAACCUCUCGCUGUUUUAAACAUUCACAUCCACGAACACUGUGGCACCACAGCUGUGCGUUCAGUCACCGAGGGAGAUAACGAAAAAAAAAAAAAAAAGAUUCCUCACACAAAGGGCUCCAAGGCCCUUUAGUCCAAACUAUGCAUUAGAGGACACUGUAGCAUGAAAGAGAAACUUCAUUAUUGCCAUGACUAAUUUUCAUUACAUGUACAUAACGUUUUAACAGGACAGGACAUGGAGUACUGAAAUGUGAACUUGUACCUGUAUGUUGAAGCAAAGUGGUGUGAGAGCCGUUCGGAGAGCUGCGAAUAAAACAUCUGGAAAAGGUG